AUGCAUCUCACUGCACUUUCAGCGCUUGUUCUGCUCGCGCCGGCGUUGGCCCUGCCGCAAGAAACAGCCACCGCGACUAUGGUAUCGUCCAAUUCCGGCUCUUCGGACGCCCAGUCUGUCGACGAGGCAAAUGUUGCCCUCGCAGAGGCCUCGCUCCCCUCCGACUACAUCAGUGUUCUCGAAACCGCCGUCCCGUCCUCGUGGGAGUUCGAGAUGGAGAACCCCGCCUCGGAAGCCGCCGUCCUUAGCGCCGCCGCAAAUGGCAUCUUCCCAUCGUGGUACAACGAUCUGCCGGCUAGUAUCAAGGCUGUCGUGACCGAACUGGGUGGCUUCGACGCGGAUAUCGUGGGCGCAACUAGUGCAGUGACCGCGACGGCCGGUCCAACCUCCGGUGCUGCGGCGGACACUACUGCUGCAACCACCGCAAGUGGAUCGACUGGUGCCGCUGCGACACAGACCCCGGCUUCUGGUAGCUCGGAUGCUGCUUCCAGCUCUAAGGCCGCCUCUACGUCGGCGCGUUCGACCGGUGGGGCGCCCAUUGCUACUGGUAGUAUCGCUGUGAGCGUUGCGGGUGCUGCGGGCUUGCUGGGCCUCGUCUUUGCUCUGUAG